AAUUUUCUCUUUUCGUUUUGGUUUUAUUUUAAUUAGGGAAAACUACAUUGAUCAAAGCCUUGACAGGGGAAGCAGGAAUUCAACCCCGAAAUCAACUGUUUGCUACUCUUGAUAUUACUGCUCACGCUGGCUAUCUGCCCUCACGCAUGGCAGUUAUAUAUGUUGACACUAUUGGGUUUCUGUCUGAUCUUCCACAUAAUCUGGUUGAGUCCUUUUCAGCUACAUUAGAAGAAGUUGCUUACUCAGAUCUGAUAGUUCAUGUGAGGGACAUUACUCAUCCUGAAACCAUCCUCCAGAAAGCAAGCGUUUUAUCAGUUCUAAAGAAUCUUAAUCUUCCAAGCCACUUACUGGAAUCAAUGGUAGAAGUUCAUAACAAAGUGGAUUUGAUAGAAAGCUAUGAACCCACUGAAGAAAAUGCUUUAGCCAUUUCUGCUCUGCAUGGGCAUGGUUUAGAAGAGCUAAAAGAAGAAAUAGAGAAAAAAAUUUUGAAAGCAACGGGAAAGAAGAUUCUGACCAUUACAGUCAACUUACAGGGACCUCAGCUAAGUUGGCUCUAUAAAGAAUCAACGGUUCAGGAAGUAGAUGUCAUGCCUGAUGAUGCUACAGCCAGGGUGAAGGUGAUCAUCAGCAACUCUGCUUUUGGCAGAUACAGAAACCUCUUUCCUAACAGUAAGUUUUUUGUACCAUGAAAUCCUUCUCUCAAAAAAGAAACUGAUCUCAUUAAGAAGCCUGGAAUUAAGCUAGUGGCCUGGAUGCUGGAGAGUUUAUUUCUUAACCAGUUGAUGUUUUUGACACACUGUGGAAAUGAACAGUGAUUCAGAAAACUUUUGUUUGAAAACAACAGCUUUGAGCUUCAUUCUGGCAGCAAGAGCAAGGAUAGCAGUAGCUUUUAUGUUGGAAUAAUCACUGACUCUGAAUCUCAAAUGUGGGAAUCACAGGAUGGCAUCUAAGUUAACCUUCCGGAAAUUACUACGUCAUAUAAAGACUUUUUUAAUCCCAUUUUUCAGAAUAAAAUAUUUGUUACAGACAAGGUGUCCCUUGGUCAUCGAAAAAUAAAAGUUACUGAAGAAAAUA